AUGGCGUAUAAACUCAGCUCUGUCCUCUAUGGACACGUAAUGGACGUCCGCGGACUGGCCGCCGGGGCCGACGGUUACAUCGUAUCCGCGUCCAGAGACAAGACCGCUAAACUCUGGAAACCGAACAGUGAAAAUGCUGGAUUCACAGAAGUUCAAACAUUUAAAGGUCAUACUAAUUAUGUAGUAUCAGUCACAAUACUAAAAAAAUCUGAUAUCUUACCAAAUGGUCUCAUUUUAACUGGCGGUAAUGACAAACUUAUGUGUGGAUUUCUUCCUGAAUCACCAGAACCAAUUUUUACCGAAACUAGUCAUACAAAUACUGUAUGUAAAAUCAUUCCUGGUGUAUUACCAAAUACAUUUUUAACUUCUUCGUGGGAUAUGACAGCACGAUUAUGGAAAAUAACCAUCAAUCCUGAUCAUACUUAUCAGCCAGUCUUGCUAACAAUUUUUAAAGGACAUACAGCAGCUGUUUGGUCAUCAAUACAACUGUCUAAUAAUCAAGUCAUAACUUGUUCUGCAGAUAAAACCUUACUUAUUCACAAUAUUUUACAUGGUGAUCCAGAAAAUUCGUCUGUUGCUAUAAAAAAAUUAACUGGUCAUACUGACUGUGUAAGAGAUUUAGCAGCAUUGUUGGGCGAUGAAUUUCUGUCUUGUUCAAAUGAUGCCACAGUAAAACGUUGGAGUGCAGGAACUGGUGAAUGUUUAGAAACGUUUUAUGGUCAUCCUAGCUAUAUUUAUAGUUUAAGUGUUUUUUGUGGUACCGAUAUGACUAAUUCAUUAGUUGUGACUGGCGGAGAAGAUAGAUACCUAAAUGUUUGGCAAAGUUCCGAACAACAAGUCAUAUUACAACCAGCACAAAGUAUAUGGGCUGUAGCUAUUCUUCCAAAUACAGAUAUUGUUAUUGGCUCUAGUGAUGGCUUAAUAAGAAUAUUCAGUACGGAUUCAAAUCGCCAAGCUACAAAUGAAGCCCAAGCAGCGUUCCAAGAACAAGUUGACAAUGUAAACCAGGUGGCUCAAAAAGAAGUUGGUGGCAUUAAAGUUGAUAGUUUGCCUGGACCAGAAGUACUGUAUAAACCUGGAAAAAGUGAUGGCCAGAUAAUAAUGGUUAAUGAAAAUGGAAAACCUAUUUGUUAUAAAUGGUUAUCAAAUGAAGGUAAAUGGGAUAAAAUUGGUGAUGUUUUAAGUGCAUCUGACCCGAAUAAAAACAUGCACGAAGGAAAGGAGUAUGAUUUUGUAUGGAACGUUGACAUAGAAGAUGGAGCACCUCCUCUCAAAUUACCUUUUAACAGAGAUGAAGAUCCUUGGGUGGUGGCUCAAGCAUUUAUUCACAAACACGAUUUACCACAAUCCUAUUUAGAAACUGUGGCAAACUUUAUAAUUUCAAACGCUAAAACUGCACCUGCGCCAUUACCUGCUAACCAAGGUUAUGUAGAUCCUUAUACAGGGGCAGCUAGAUACGUGCCAUCUAAUAAUGGUACUUCUUCAUCGGGAUCGAACAGUCAAAACCAUUUUACUGAACAGCUGGGUCAAGUAUCUUCAGGUUACAACAAAUUUUUCCCUCAAACUACUUAUUUGAAAUUUGAUCAAGCCAAUACUUCGACCAUUUUAAGUAAAAUUGAAGAAUUUAAUAAAAAAGCAGGCGACUCAUUUAAUAAACUCAACCAAAGUCAACUUGACUCUCUUGUGAAACUUUGUGAUGUAAAUAAUAGUCCUGAUGAGGAUACUAUAAAGAUUCUGAUCGGGUUACUUGAUUGGCCCAAAGAUAUUUUAUUUCCUGUAUUGGAUAUUACAAGACUGGCUGUGCGCAAUAAACAUGUAAAUGAUCUAUUGUGCUCAAACAACUUAAUUAUGGAUAAAUUGUUACCACACAUACAUGAUAUUGAAAAGCCUACUAAUCAGAUGUUGGCAUUUAGGUGUUUAUGUAAUCUUAUGCAUCAUGAAAAAGGAGAACUACUUGUAGUAAAAUACUAUGAAGAGUUCUUAAAAUUUAUUCAAAAUUUAUCUAAUGAAAAUCUGUCUCAAAAACCCCUUCAAAUUGCUGUAGCCACAUUGAUGCUGAAUUUCAGUGUUAUGAUCAAACAAUCUGAUGAUAAAAUAGCUAUACAAGCUGUGAAUAACACAAUAAAUGUGGUGUGCCCAAGACUGACUGAACCUGAAGCAAUGUUCCGUUGUUUUGUAGCAAUUGGAACAUUAUUAAGUUUAAAAUAUCCUCCGACUUUGACGGAACAAAUUAGAGAUUACAUUGAAUUGAUGGCAUCUAAUUCUGAACCAUCAAAGGUGUUGUCAUGUUGUAAACAUUUAAUGACUGUCAUUGGAAAGUAA